CAAAAAUGAAACAAGAAAAUUCACUGUAGAUAAAAAAAAAAAGAAUACUUUUUUGUAUCUAUAAAUAAAAAAGCUUGAGGCUUGAAGAAUAAGUUGAUCAUUCUUUCUUGGCGACCUCAAACGAAAAUGGGACUCUGUUUCCAACCCAUCUUCUUAGCGUCUCUGUUUCUCAUACUCUUUUCUUCAAUCCCUAAACUAUUAGCACAACCUCAACAACAUUUCUUGGGACAAAACAACACAAAUUUGUUGAGCGGAGAGAGAUCAUGCAACUGGUUUAGUGGAAAAUGGGUUUAUGAUUCUUCAUAUCCUCUCUAUAGUCCAUAUUCUUGUCCCUUCAUCGACCCUGAAUUCAAUUGCCAGAAAACGGGUCGACCUGACACUAACUAUCAACACUUCCGAUGGCAACCUUUCUCAUGUUCUCUUCCCAGAUUCGAUGGGGUGAAUUUUAUGAGGAGAAUGAAAGGGAAGAAGAUAAUGAUGGUUGGUGACUCACUGAGUCUUAAUAUGUUCGAAUCGUUGGCAUGCUUGCUUCACGCUUCUCUUCCUAAUGCUAAGUACUCUCUUCGUCGAAGCCAACCUCUCACUUCCCUCACUUUCCAGGAAUAUGGAGUGACAAUACUUCUGUACAGAACACAGUUUCUAGUAGACGUGGUUCAAGAAAAGGCAGGACGAGUGCUUGUUCUUGACUCCAUCAAAGAAGCCAAUGCUUGGCUUGGCAUGGACGUUCUGAUCUUCAACUCGUGGCAUUGGUGGACUCACACCGACGGAAUCCAGCCGUGGGAUUAUAUGAGGGAAGGAAACAAGCUGUACAAAGACAUGAACAGGCUUGUGGCUUUUUACAAAGGACUAAACACAUGGGCUCGUUGGAUUAACCAUAACAUUGACCCUUCACGCACUCAAGUCUUCUUUCAAGGUGUUUCUCCUGUCCACUACGACGGAAGACUGUGGAACGAACCGUUGAAAUCGUGCAAGGGCCAAACUCAGCCGUUCAUGGGACAAAAAUAUCCAGGAGGACUGCCCUUAGGUUGGAUCGUGGUUAACAAAGUGUUGAGCCGAAUCAAGAAACCGGUCCGUCUUCUUGAUCUCACUACUCUCUCCGAGUAUCGCAAAGACGCACACCCAAGUCUCUACAAUGGUAUCGCAAAGGGUCUAGACUGUAGCCAUUGGUGUCUCCCUGGUCUCCCUGACACUUGGAACCUACUUCUCUACGCAUCUCUUACUUCAUAUUACAUUAUGGGCUUACUUUUCUCCAAAUAUUAUAACUACCAAUACUUCACGCAUAUAUUAUCCAAACAUUUGAGAACUCCCACAAAUUUGACAAGGCCUCAAAGUGGAGGAGGAAGAGGUUUGGAUCAGAGGAAAAAAGUGAAAAUGGUGGGAGACAUCGCUAAGAGAUGGAAGGAAUUGAGCGGCAAUAGCAAAUGGAAAGACCUUCUUGAUCCUCUCGACUUGGAUCUCCGCCGUUAUAUCCUCCACUACGGCGACAUGGCUGAGGUCGGGUACGUUGCCUUUAAUAGCGACCGACGAUCAAAAUACGUAGGAGAUAGCUGCUUCACCAAGGAAGAGCUCUUUGCUCGAACCGGCUACCUCAAAGCCAAUCCUUUCAGGUACGAGGUGACCAAGUACAUAUAUGGAACGUCGUCGAUAAGGUUACCGGAAUGUUUCAUAAUCAAGUCAUUGUCGAGAGAGGCAUGGAACAAAGAGUCUAACUGGUUAGGUUACAUCGCGGUGUCUACAGACGAAGGCAAGGCGUUGUUAGGGAGGAGGGACAUUGUUGUAGCAUGGCGAGGCACCAUUCAACUGUACGAGUGGGCUAACGAUUUCGAUUUCCCGCUCGAAUCAGCCAUCUCUGUUUUCCCUCGAACCGACCCGAAUGACCCGCCUCGCGUUGCCAAUGGUUGGCUUUCUCUUUACACAACCGCUGAUCCACGGUCGCGUUUCGACAAGACCAGUGCACAAGAACAGGUUCAAGGAGAGCUCAAAAGGUUACUAGAAUUGUACAAAGAUGAAGAAGUAACCCUCACCUUAACAGGCCAUAGCUUAGGAGCAGUUCUCUCGAUUCUAUCGGCGACAGACUUUCUCCACAACGAAUGGCCUAAGGCCAAACCAAGUCUCAAAAACAGGCUUUCCUGCGUUACGGUUUUCGCUUUCGGGAGUCCUCGAAUCGGCGACCUCAGCUUCAAAAGACUCGUCGAGUCUUUCAAGAAACUCCACAUAUUGAGAAUAGCGAACGUACCGGAUAUCAUCCCGCGUUACCCGGUGUUCAGGUUCAGAGACGUGGGCGAGGAGCUUCAGAUCAACACAUUGAAGUCAGAGUACCUGAAACGGUCUCUAAACAUCAAGCAUUUCCAUAACCUCGAGGCUUACUUGCACGGCGUUGCGGGGACACAGCAAAAUCAAGCUGAGUUUAAGCUGGAGAUCAACAGAGAUAUCGCGCUGGUCAACAAAGGUUUAGAUGCUCUUCAGGAUAAGUACUUAAUUCCUGGGAACUGGUGGGUUCUUGAGAACAAAGGGAUGGUUCAAAUGGAUGAUGGGACAUGGAAGCUUAACGGAGACAGGGUAAAGUAUGAUGAUGAAGAAGACGAAGAAGAAGACGAAUGCAAAGUACCAUGA